CGCAGAAAUAGUUUUAACCGCUUAAGUUAUGUAAUGCGUAAGUUCGGUGUAUUUCGUGCCAACACAGUAGCGAGCGUUGCGAGGGUUGAAACACGCGGAGAAUCGCGCGUUGCUGGCGUUGCGGUGAACGUUCGUUGUUUACAACAAGCGAACAGCUUGUUUUGAUCACGUGACACCUGUGCGCGCUUGGCACAUCGCUCUCUUCCGUUGCCUCCGCUCGCUCCCUCGCAAAGAUGGCAGAUUCGGACGGCGACGGGUUUGAAGAUGCGACUCAGGUUCAAAUCAACCACACGGACCACGACGGCUUCGCCGACCUUCAAGUCGACUUUGCCGAAGAAAUCUCCGUGCCUCUGCAGACCAAGUGGACCUUUUGGGUCGACAAGACGGAGAGUCGGGGCAUCUCUGCUGCUCAGUACGAAGCCAACCUGAAGAAAAUAUACACGGUGAAUACAGUUCAGGGUUUUUGGGCAGUGUUCAACAACAUCCCAGACGUAGCGGAACUGAAGCUGCGGUACACGUACCACUUGAUGCGCGGCGACCGGCGCCCUCUCUGGGAGGAUGCCGGUAACCGGAGGGGCGGUACCUGGAGGGUCAAGUGUUCCAAAAGGGACUCGCCCCUGGUGUGGAAGGAGUUGCUACUGGCUGCCAUUGGGGAGCAGUUUACAGAGGAUGUGGCGCAAGGGGACGAGGUGUGCGGGGUGUCCGUGUGCGUGCGAGACAAAGACGACAUCCUGCAGAUCUGGAACGUGGACUCGCGGCUCAGUGAGGGAUCCACAGUGCUGUCCAAGGCUCACCGUCUCCUGCCAAACGUCUCUUUCCUCGCCGAAUUUUAUAAGCCUCAUCAGUCUCGCCUGGCGUUCGAGGGAGGCCACAGGAAGUCACGCUAGUCAGCAUACGUUGGUGACAACUGUUUGGGUGGUCGAUUUAACCACAGCCAAGAAGGUGAAAGGCACCUACCAUGUCCCCACAGAUGGUUUCGGAAGCAGAGUGCAACCAGCGUAACAGGCGCCGGUUUCACGUUUAUGUGGCAAAAUGGCAAGCAAAGCUAGGGUUUCAUAGCCUCUGCACCACCACUUUGCCUUUCGUUUUGCAUCAUGCAUUACCUCCAGUGUUUGAAGCACACACGUCACGAAAGUUAUCCGGAGAGCAAGUCGUCUGCUUCUUGCACAUGAGUUGAGGCGACGUCAGAACGACACCGAGCUCCGAUUGAAAGGACAGUGGGUAGACCUGGAGCCCAAUGCUAUCAAACGGGACGAAGAAACUGGAACAACACCGUCUGCUGCGAUUGGUCAGCGCCACGCCACCGACCAAUUGCAGCAGACCGCUUUGUCCCAGUUCCUUGGUCCCGCUGUGUAGCAUAGGGCCCCUAAAUGCUAGGUGCCUCAAGGUCUGCCAACUAUUUUCUUUUUUUUUUCCAAUCAGCCAAUAAGAGCUCGGCGUUCUGACAUUGUCGCAACCCCCGUGCAAGAAGCAGACGAACCUUCGCCCCGCAUAGCUUAUGGCCCCUUCCCCUGGCAGAUGCCGAGCGUUCCGUGAUAGCGGUCGGCCUCCGCGAGCGGUCGGUCACGUGAUCCACCCCAGUGGCAUGCGCUGGGGAGCAAAUCAAGCGCGACGCUCCCAGCGCCACCGCUUUCAGAGCGUCUGCUCUCGCUUUUUAACAGUUUCGGUUCCCAUUGCUAUCUUGCUGAAAUCAUGAAGUUCUGAUGGAAACUUCAUGCUUUGACAAAAAAUUUAAUUGUUUACUACUCGAUUAACAGCUACCCCGACGUUAAGACACAAUUUAUUUUUCCUGACAGUUAUAUAAACCUGAUUAAAACUAAAAGCACCUGUACGAGCCAUAGGAUGCUAUUAAGCAAUACAAAAACACGUAUGCCGUAAAGCGAUUGUCAUCUCCGAAGGCGACUUCCAUCUGCGGAGUAUUUGGCGCAUUAUCUUCUAAUUAUUUCAAUUACAUUACAAAGACCACAAAACAAACAAACAACAUACCUAGCUCUUCAUCCGAAUAGGCGCGCACGUCGUCUUCGACGUAACACAAUAUCUUUGGCUUCUUCGCUGGCAAGGUGAACGACUCGACAAACACUUCGCCGAGAACGGCUGCCUCGUCGUCACUCGAGCUGGAGCUAAGCUGAUAUCUUCGUCGCUGUCGCUGAUUUUGCUGUCACUGUUUUAUUAAACCUCCCGAAAUUAACUGUAACGAUGUCAUCGCCGCAGUAUGCUCGGGCGAGUCGUUCAGACGAGGGGAACGAAAGCAAACACACCAAGAGAGCCCACCCAGCAAUCGAAACAAAAAAGCCGCGAAACUCCUUCACUCCCCCUCAGGAAUGUUGAUAACGAAACUGAAACGUUGCGAGUGACUACAGAUCGUACUCCUCCGAAAAAGGCUGCGCGGAAAACUACUCCGGACCACUCGACGCGCUCUGCCACUUUUCCACGGAUCGGUUGGAGACUGGCUCCAGAUCUACAAGCGGCACAUGGAGAGAUUGCUCGCACCUUGCGAGGGGAACAAGAAUCCGCUCGGCGAGCGCUCGCUCUUUGCCACGGGAAGGGGCUAUUAUUAUCAGACAAAGCUUCCUAUACUUAAGUGAACACCCUUCUGAAUUAACUGUGGCUUUAGCUGUGCACGGCGAGAUCUUCUUGUGUGGUUUAUCUUGUGUUAUACAUUGGUUAAGGUUGAAGUCAGAAGAGUAGUGCAAAGAGGACUCUUAUAAAAAACAAGCUGCAGAUCACGAGGUACCGACAUUGCUGGUACCUCGUCGUCUGCUACUUGCCUUCUUUAUAGCGCCACGAUAUGCUCAUCGUGCUCCGAGAAAAAGGGACACCACUCCGUCCCUUGAACGUCGGCCUGGCAAAAUAUGGUGCGCAGGUCUUUUUUGUAGGUAGACAGAGGGUUGUUGCAUUAGUCAUUCUUAAGGAAACAGUUUUUCUUUUGUUUACGACCAUGUGAGACAUAGACAAAGUUUUGUUUAAAUUUUGCUCUGUCAAAGCGAGAGUUUAAGUUUUUAUUGAAUGAUACGUCAUGCUACUGAACGUGCCACAUUUUGCAACACAAGAGUUCCUGUGCUAUAUUUGACGGUGCUUUUUCGUGCAUUUGUCAAUAGUUGACAAGUUCCUCCUGCAGGCAGCUUAUUCCCAUGUUGUGGUCAAGAGACGUGGGAAUGUUUCGUGGGCAUCAUAACUGUUGCUUGAAAAGUGCCUUUCCUUGCACAGAUAAGGAGGUUGCGUGCAGGUGCUAGGAUGCAAAGUGAUGCCACUUGAUCUUGUUAACUAGCAACUUUAUAUCGGAACACUUGGGUGCGGAAGUUUAAAGCAAAGAGCCAGCAGUGCUGCUUCCGAAUUUUGUUUCAUUUUUAAGCAGAUUUUAUGUUUGUUUGAUUGCUCUCGCUUACUGCGUCAGCCUGAGCAAGACUUUGAUGUUUACACUAGCCAAACCACAGCCUGUUUCUCCGGAGACUGUACAGUGCAGUGGAAUUGACCUGUAUUAAAGCUUUUUAUGAAAUAUG